AGUAUCUCGAACACAUCCAUGUGUCACUCUUAACUCUCUUACUCUUCUCCCCAAAUUCAUGGUCACACUAAUAAUCUUCCUUUAACUUCUCAACAAACAAAUCUUCUCCUUUCUUAUUUUCUCCGAAUUCGAUUUCUCUCUCUCUCCUUUUUUUGAUGCGACCCAAGAAUUAUUCUCAGAUGGAGAAACCCAUCUCCAUCGCCACGGGGAAGUUCCGUACCAACAACAACAACAACAACAACCAUAACAAUGUCUGGUUCAUUGUUCCACUCUUCUUUAUCCUCUGUUUCGUUCUCCUCUGUUUCGACUACUCUGCUCUCUUCACCGACACAGACGAAACCGCUUUCUCAAUUCCCGACGUUACCCAGAAAUCAACUUCCUCUGAAUUCACCAAAGAUGACAACUUUUCUCGAUUUCUCGACGACCCAUCUCCUGAUUCUUCUUGCUCCGGUCGGUAUAUUUACGUUCAUGAACUUCCUUAUAGAUUCAAUGGUGAAUUGCUUGAUAAUUGUUUUAAGAUUACUAGAGGAACCGAGAAGGAUAUUUGUCCUUAUAUCGAAAACUAUGGUUUUGGUCCUGUGAUUAAGAAUUACGAGAAUGUGUUGUUGAAACAUAGUUGGUUUACGACGAAUCAGUUUAUGCUCGAGGUGAUUUUCCACAACAAGAUGAUGAAUUACAGGUGUUUGACCAAUGAUUCGUCUCUAGCUUCUGCGGUUUUCGUGCCGUUUUACGCAGGUCUUGAUAUGAGUAGAUAUCUUUGGGGUUACAAUAUUUCGGUUAGAGAUUCUUCGUCUCAUGAGCUGAUGAAUUGGCUUGUGGUACAGAAAGAGUGGGGUCGUAUGUCCGGUAGAGACCAUUUCUUGGUUUCAGGAAGGAUUGCUUGGGAUUUCAGGAGACAGACCGAUAAUGAAUCUGAUUGGGGAAGCAAGCUUAGGUUCUUACCGGAGUCGCGAAACAUGUCGAUGUUGUCUAUUGAAUCGAGUUCAUGGAAGAACGAUUACGCUAUUCCGUAUCCAACCUGUUUCCAUCCUAGAUCAGUGGAUGAAGUUGUGGAGUGGCAAGAGCUAAUGAGGUCUCAAAAACGGGAGUAUCUAUUUACCUUUGCGGGUGCUCCAAGACCUGAAUAUAAAGACUCGGUUCGAGGGAAGAUAAUUGAUGAAUGUUUGGAAUCAAAGAAGCAAUGUUACUUGCUAGACUGUAACUAUGGGAAUGUGAAUUGUGACAACCCUGUCAAUGUGAUGAAGGUUUUUAGGAACUCGGUGUUUUGUCUCCAGCCACCGGGUGAUUCUUACACUAGAAGGUCAAUGUUUGAUUCGAUAUUGGCAGGCUGCAUUCCGGUGUUCUUCCAUCCAGGGACAGCGUACGCUCAAUACAAGUGGCAUUUGCCCAAGAACCACUCGAGUUACUCGGUUUAUCUACCGGUAAAGGAUGUAAAGGAGUGGAAUAUCAUAAUCAGGGAGAGGUUGAUUGAGAUUCCAGAAGAAAGAGUGGUGAGAUUGAGAGAAGAGGUUAUAAGGUUGAUACCGAAGGUGGUCUACGCUGAUCCGAAGUAUGGAUCAGAUGGGAAUGAAGAUGCAUUUGAGCUGGCUGUGAAGGGAAUGUUAGGGAAGAUUCAAGAAGUGAGAGAGAUGAUGAGACAAGGGAAAGAUGGUAGUGAUGGGUUUGAUGAUAGAGAUGAUUAUAAAUAUACUUUUUCUCCAUAUGAAGAACCUCAAGUUUUGGCAUAAAGUGGAAAAUGUGUCAUUAUUGUGGCUUUUUUUAGUUUAUAUAGGUAGAAACAAUUUGCUCAAGAGUGGAAAACAAUAAAAAGAAGCUAUUUUGAUACAAAAGGAAAAA